GCCCCGCCCCCUGACACAAAAUCCCCAUGACGUCAUUACAGUUCAUUGCGGAAGUAAACCAAACGUCGAAGCAACACAGCAAGAAAACCCAAAUAUAAGUUGGUGUGUUCGCCUCGCCUACCUUCCAGGUAUGUCAUUGUCGCAUUAUCCGCACUCCUUUGUUUUAAAGUACUAAUCCUUUCGGACUUACAUUGUGAGUUUCAGUCGUUUUGUCGUGGUUUUUUUAUGCCGUUGAAUAGUAAGAGCUGUGUAGCUAGCGCAAAAAUUUGUGAAGAAGAACCCUGCUAACAAAGCUGAGACUGGCAUAUAGACUACUCGAUACUGACACAACUGGGCUCUAAACGUGUCAGUAUCUUCAUUAUUCUUGGUGUAGGUUACUAGAACAUACAAGAUAACCAAUAAAGGAAGGGGCAACCGAGUAAGGUUAGCUGUCCGACGAGCCUAAAGCUAAAGCUAACUUCGCUCUAAAAGGUUCAAUAACGUCUCUCGUCAGCUAACUUCAUGUUUUCGAUGAGCUGAUGUUUGUGUUUUGACGUUGUUGGCGGUAAAUCUGUAGUUAUUCGGUGUCGGUGAGUUGGUCAUGCUCACAUGAUCAGCUAAAGUGAGUCACUGGAUCAGAGGUGGGGUGUUGAGGUUAAAUGGACUCUUGUUGGUUUCGGUCCAUGCUUCCGCGUAAACUGUUGUGUCCUGCUCCUCUAGUCUUUGUCAGAACAUCAUCAUCAUGCUUGGAGGAGGAUUCAAGGGAGACAGACUCAAAGUCAAUCUCCGACUGGUUAUUAAUCGAUUCAAACUCCUGGAGAAGAAGAAAAGUAAGCUCCUCUCUGAUUCUCACACUCAUGAUUUGGGUUCUUGUUUGACAGACAAACUCAAUUUUUUCUCAUUUUUGUUCAUUUUUUUAAAGCUGAGCUCGCCCAGAAAGCAAGAAAGGAGAUUGCAGAUUACCUCGCAGCAGGGAAGGAUGAGCGUGCACGGAUCCGUGUUGAACAUAUCAUCAGAGAGGACUAUCUGGUGGAAGCUAUGGAGAUCCUGGAGCUCUACUGUGACCUGCUGCUGGCCCGCCUCGGCCUCAUUACUUCCAUGAAGUGAGUCACUGAGACUUAUGGUUUUUCUUUAAUUUGUCAUUUACUCUGUGGAAGGUAUGUAUCGAUAAAUUUCCUUUUGACAUCCUUAUUCAAAUUCAACUUUAUUUUUAUGGCACUUUUCAGACAAGAAAUGCAGUUCAAAACAACCACAGCUGAACAAAGUGCAGUACAUAAAUAGACAAAACAACGCAGACACAAAAACAAUCAAAAAACAAUUAAAACAAUGGAUAAAAUAAAAGCAGAUAUUUUAAAGUAAGAUAUAGUUUCAGUGUUUUUAAAAACUAAUUUAAAAACAUUGAAAAAAAUAAUUAAAAACAAACCAGAAAACACUAAAACAGGAGCUGAGUCUCAUGCAGGGUUGAAAGCCAAUGAAUAAUAAUGUGUUUUAAGAAGAGUUUUAAGAAUGGACAGUGUGGGGGCUUGUCUGAUUUGGAGGGGUAGCUCUUUCCAUAAUUUUGGGGCCACAACAGAAAAAGAUCUAUCCCCUCUGAGCUUCAGUUUGGACCUCGGUACCUCCAGGAGCAGCUGAUCAGCUGACCUGAGGCACCGAGCGAGGAGGGGUGGAGAAGCUCAGAGAGGUAAGAUGGAGCCAGACCAUUUAAAGAUUUAAAAACAAAUCAAAGAAUCUUAAAAUGAACUCUAAAAUGCACGAGUUGUCAGUGGAGGGAGGCCAGGAUGGGAGUAAUGUGCCUCCUCUUACGUACUCCAGUUAAGAGCCGGGCGGCAACAGUCAACAACAAUAAAACCUGAACCUCCUACCCACACACCCACCCUCACUCACCCACACAUACACACACAACCGCACACAGAUUGUGAGAAUUUAAGAUAUAUUGUUAAAGAGACAUGGCCUGACACCCAGACAUUAUGUGAGGAAGAGCUAACUUUGGGAAACACUGGAGAUAAAAGAUAGGAAAUGGUUAAAGGAAAGAGUAAAAUCUGUUGGACUAAAACAAGAAAAUAAUAUGAAAUUAACAGAUGAGUAAGAGCUCUUAACCAUAUAAAAGGGGUAAAAGAAGUCAAAACCUCUAAGGGAGGAGUUAAGAAAAAGACUAAGAACAGAGAUAAUUAUUAAAAUGAACAAUAAGAACUUUGAUUAAUAUGAACAUUUGCAAUAAGAGAAAUAUAAAAAGGCAGUUAGUGAAAAGCCAGGUUAAAAAGGUGGUUGGUUAUAAAUUGUAUGUUUCUGUUAACCCUCCCUCUCUCAAUUUCUUUCAUAAGGGAAAUGGACCCAGGCUUGCAGGAGGCUGUGUCCACCCUCAUCUGGGCAGCACCUCGUCUCCAGGCUGAAGUCAAUGAACUUAGAAUUGUAAGUACUGUCUUGACUUGUGUGUACUGCUGCUGUUGACAAUUAGAAUUUCCCCUCUGAGGGAUGAAUAAAGGAAUAUCUAAUCUAAUCUAAUCUAAUCUAAUCAGAAUCAGAAAUACUUUAAUAAUCCCCUGAGGGAAAUUGCUAUUUGUUACAGUAACUCCAGUGCAAAGAAAGUAGAAAGAGGAGAUACAGAAUAGAUAGAAUAAGUACAAAUAAAGAUAAUAUACAAGUAUGUACACUAUACAACACAAAAUAGUAGAACAGUAUGCAGAUAAACAUACAUAAUCUAAUUCAUUCUGAGCAAUACUGACCAAAGUCCUGCUCUUUUAUUCCAAGAGUGCCAGUCCUUACAGUUUAACUUCUAAUUUGUCUUUCAGGUGUCUGACCAGCUUUGUGCAAAAUACAGUAAGGAGUAUGGCAAGCUGUGCAAGACAAACCAGAUCGGCACAGUCAACGAACGGGUUAGUAUUUUUUCCGCGAACAGCCUGCGAGUUUGUUCAAGAAUGUAUGAACUUUUCUUCAAGUUCCUUUUAGCGGCUUCCUUCUUAUCAGACUUCUUUUAUGUGUGUAGCUGAUGCACAAACUGAGCGUGGAGGCUCCUCCUAAGAUCUUGGUGGAACGUUAUCUGAUUGAGAUCGCUAAGAACUACAAUGUGCCAUAUGAGCCCGACGCCAUGGUCCGGGUGAGUGUUACAGAAUGUGACAGGAUGAGUUGACGCUCGCAGUUUACUGAUUUACUUAUUCUACUUCUUGCUCUGGACAGCCCGAGGUGUGUCCUGGUGAGGAAGCAGACCUGAUCGAUGUGGACAAUGACAAGAAGUUUGGUGGUGGAGGAGGUGGUGGAGGGGGAUUCACGGCUCCUGCAGGAGCCAUGCCUAUGCCCAUGCCUAUGCCUAUGCCCAUGCCUAUGCCAACAGCUUUCAAUUAUCCACCUCCCAAAGGAGCCGUAAGAGAUGUUUCUUAUACUUAUCAAAAUUUAAAACAAGACCGAAAUGUUGUUCUUGAGUGUUGUAAAAUGUUAUUCUAGUAAAACACCACAAUAUGGCAAGACUGUGAACCCUGUGGCAAUGCUCAGAUGUAGAUGUAACUUUUUUUGUGCUCCCUUAAACCUUAGAGAGUCGAAAGUGUUUUAUAAAUCUAGAAUCAAGUGUCUUUCUCAGACUUGUGCCUGACUGAUGUUUUUGUCCUCCAGGACCAGUUUAAUGCUCCCGUUGGAACCUACAACAACUUCCAGCAUCCCAUGGGAGGAGGGCAGCCCCCUCACCUGCCCACUUCUCCCCCCACAUAUGAGUCUGUAAGUGACCCCUUCCUGUUCCCACUGAAGAACAGACGGACAGGGCAGGGCACCACUCAGGGAAGAACAGUUCAUUUAGCUUGCUUACAGUUCUGUCUGUCCUCUACUAUUUUUAUACUGUUUCUCAUGGUAGGCACAGGUCAUAGUACUUGUGUAUCUGCCUUACUCUGGUGCCUUUUAUCUAGACUCUCAUACACCAAGUACUACAGCAAAUUCCCUGUUUUGGGUAACUAACUUGUCAAAAAAAUCAAUUUUUUUGGCCACAAAAAGUAAAUGAUUCACCUUUAUCUGUUGGGACCAAGGUGGCAUGAAAUGCUAACACCAAAACUACUAACUUUUAACUGAUCCAUUGUGCCGAGUGGGACUGAAAUAAGCAGAUGAGAAUGUUAAGUUAUCUUUAGAGAGAGCUUAGGCUGGCUGAGUUUAUGUCUUUCUAUCAAACACUAAGGGUGGCGGGUUCUCAAGAGUUCCUCUGCAGUUUUGCCUUGCCUAUGCUAUGUUCACGUCUGUUUUUACUAUCAUGUCAAAUGAAAAUACUCAAAACUAACAAAUACCAUAUUAUUUCCUUUUUACACUCAAACGAUAUGGUCCCAUACAAAAUUUCCAUGUGUUUCAGAUUGAUGACCUUUCUGACAAAGCCUCUGUCCCUUUCCAGGCUGUAGGUAAGUUCUGCCAGUAGUCAGUAACAGAUGAAGGAUUGGUCUCACGAUGUUCUGUGUUUAUGUAAUUUGCAAUAACUUUAAAUGAAACGACUUCUGUUGGUCACAUGAACCCAAUCAUAAAAUUAAAGACAUUACGUAUCAGAACAUGUCCAUAACCCAGAAAAGACUGAGUAGUUAAGGUAGUAUUAUGAGAGCAGAAAUAAAAGAUUUCACUGCAUUGCCCACUGGAAUGACUCAGCAGAAUAAACUGUCCAGACACUUCGUUCUAAUUCAGUUAUUUCGCCUGUCAAGGAUACUGUUUCUGUGGAUUUAAUUGAAUACCACAUAUCACUCUUCAGGUCCUGGCCCUGCACCUCAGCGAUUUGACAACAGCGCUCUCCCAGAACUCCCCUCUGUUCCCGACACACUCCCCACAUCGUCCUUUGGAGGAAACACAACCACCUCUGAUGACAUCGACUUUGACGAUUUAACUAGGCGGUUCGAGGAGCUGAAGAAGAAGACUUAAUCACUUUCACCCCCGUCUAUACUCACACACACACAGGCCUGUAUUGACACCUACGCAGCUCAUACUAGGAAAAUAUAAGAUAUCAGAUUUGGAUAAUUUGUCUCCCUUUAGCAGCAAAGUAAUCUUACAUAGGUUUUGAACACACCUGUAUUCUUACCUCAUUUGCAUAAAAUUGACCAUCUGACUGAGGGUGUAGUUGCUCAUUUGACCCUACCUUUGCCAUAAUUAUUAUCUGCUCUCAUUUCUGUUCAACAAGUACAGCUUGUGUGUUUUUUUUCUUUACACCAUGUUAUACCAUACUACUCCCUACAAUCAUGUUUACACUCCUUAUUUAAGAUCAAAUUUGCCCAAUGUCUGAGUGAUUGACUAACCAAACAUAGAUUUUAAUUCUUACUUUUUGGGGGUUUUGGGACUUAAAUUUACAAUUCAUCUCUAUAUCUACUUUACACAUGCUGUCUCUCUGUGAUCUCACCACUGUGUCGCUCAGUACUGUUUUAGACCAGUCAAACCAGUCCAGCUGGCCUACCCAGUUUGGUUUAAAGUUGGCCUUCACACGAACAAAGGCUACAGAUUGUUUCCAGUGUGCGGAUUUGAUACCCAAUUACAUAUUUUCAAUAGAGAUAGAAGCCAUAUUUUCCAGUGUCUCGAGCAGUCAUGCGCCUUUGUCACUAUGGGAUUGACAAGUGACAUAACUCCUUACACUAACGCGGUUCUUUCAUCAAUAUUUACCAGGGAGGUAUGAGUCAUCCGGGAAGAGCUAACGGCGACACAUUCUACCUGUUACUGGAAUUGUGAGGCACAGAUGUAAAGAUAAAAUGGUGUACGGGAAUCUGUAAUAUAAUAUGUUGACAAAAAUAUAGACCUAUUUACACAGAUGAUUGAAGUGUACAGCAAAAAGUGAUUGAGGAAGGAUGUUGUACAAUAUUUAGAAAUACUGUUUUAUAUACCAUAUCUCUGAAUAAAGGUUUUUUUUUGCCCUUUGAAUGUCCAUUUUACCAAAUACCUGCAUUUUCCCCAUGGAAGGACUUUGAUAACAAGCAAAAUGUGUGUAGAACAAAGUCUGAUUUGAUUGAUCAUAUGUAAAUAUUUGUCCCCAGAGGUCAUAGGUCAGUGCUGUCCUCUGUGAUCCUGUGUGCAUGUGUCUUACUGUGUGAUCACCACUGCAUUUGCCUUAGUUACCAUCUUUCAUCAGAGGCCUUGCCAGUCUGUACCAGGAUUCUGUAUUUGUUAUCCACCGAGACUGGGUACAUAAUUGAACUUUGCUUUAUUUGCUUUGCCCAUAAAUAGAGUCUGAAAAAGCUCUGAGAUGAAGACUGGAGGAGAAUACAUUAAUCUGGCUCAAGAGGAGGAUGAGUCAAGGGUUUUGUUUUUGUAUAGCUACAGAUAUCAACGUGAUGUUAUAUCCCAGCUACACCUGAAUUGAGGCCUUGAAAUGAUUCAGAAAUGUGUGGAAAAUACUCUGAAAUGCUUUCUUGCUGGGUUAUAGAUACGAUGUGUGGAUUGGUCUUGAACAGGUGUCAGAGAGAGUAAAGAUGUGGUUAAAAACACUAAAGAACUGUGAUCUGACAUGUCUUUUCUAUGUUUGACUUUCAUGCUAAUCCUCAAGACGUCUUGUUGCAUAAGACAAGUUUUUUUUUCCACUGUAUACUAAACAAUUUAAUAAAAGAUUAUAUGGAAGUGGA